AUGGAUGAUUUCUACGGCGGAAUAGAUGUCCCGGGCAGCUUUCUCCUGACACUCGAGCGAUUUUCCAAUCUCCGACGUCUCGAGCUCAAGUGCACGACGGCUUUGACCGAGUUCGAGCUAGACCUGCUCUUUGCAUCGUUGUCAUCGUGCCCCAUUGAAUCCCUACACUUCAAGCAAUCGCCGUGGGAACUACCUCCGUCCUGUGCCGCUAGGCUUGGCCACUGGUUGCUGCAUUCGAACCGAGCGACGGAGCUAUCCCUGGAUGCCUGCAGUGUCCAUCGGCACGACUGCGCAAAUGUUGUGUUUGCUAUCGCAUCUUCUCCAACCCUCAAACACUUACGCAUCGUCAGGGGUAACCUUGGACGCGCUCUAAGCUCGGCGGCCCACCUGCCUCAUCGAUUGCACACGCUUGUCUUGCUCAACACGCACUUGACUCCAACGUCCAUGAUGCACAAAAUUAUGUGGCUUUCACAUUUGGUCGAGCUACAUCUUGACGGGAACCCUGUACGCGAUCGAGGCGUGAGGCGGCUCGUAAAGGCUCUGUUGGCAUCCUCACGCACCGGCGACAUCCCGCUCAAAGUGCUCGGUCUUGCGAAUGCUGGCAUUGGGGCCGACGGAGGCGCAGACUUGGCGUCAGUCUUGCCACUUACCUACCUGACGAGUCUCUCUGUCGGUCGCAAUGCCAUGGGAGAUUCCGUCGGCCUGACUUUGGCGGCGGUUCUUCCGCGUUGCCGUCACCUCUCCCAUCUGGAUGUCCACAGACUGGCCCUCACCGACGACGGAGUCGUCGCGAUCGUAUCUGCUCUUCCGAUGUGCCAAAGUCUCGAGUUCGUCAACCUGAGCGAAAACUGGACUACAUUCGUAGGCGCCGUCCAACUCGUUACGGUGCUGCCGCAAUGUGCCCAUGUCAAGUUCUUGUCGUUGGCGCACAACCCGUUGGAAGCUCGUGGUGUCCAAGCGCUGAUGCGAGUUCUACCGUCGCACAUGCGCCUAAAUCUAACUGUCGACAUGGAAGCUGCUGACUGCCGCCAGUGCGUCGAGUUGGCCACCACUCUCGGCGUCGCUGACAGGGUGACGUUGAGCACUUCAGCAGCAGGGUGGCGUUCCAGCACCGCAACGGUGGGAGGCUCGCAGCUGUGCGUAAUCGGCCCAACGUGA